AUGGCGGUCAAGACGCGAAAGUCGGCAGCAGCUGCCUCGUCCACGGCCGGGGCCUCCUCGGAGCAUCUCCACCCCUCUUCUGCUGCUACUGCCAAGUCCAAGCCCAGCACCUCGUCUUCGGCCUCCACUGCCUCCACCGUCCACGGCGACCAUAGCACUCACAUCCCAGCCCACUCGUCCUCCUCCUCUAGUGCCAAGCGUCGUGUCAAUCCCUACGAGGCGGCCAACAGCUGGACAUGGAACCCAAUCAAGCUCAUCGAACGCAAACUCUUCCGCGCUUACUGGAACGUCGAGGCUACUUUUGUGCUGUCCAUGCUCGAAGCGUGGGAAGUCUUCCUGGUCAUUGUCGUCUUUGUCGUCCUCACGCUGCUGCUUUGGUACUCGCUCAUUUACUACUUCCCGCGUCACGCGCAGCAGGUUGCCACACGCGCACUUUACUACGUCUACGGCAACUCGCCGCCUCCUCAACUCGCUGCUGCCGUCACCACUGCCGAUACUACGACUGCAAACGCCUCCGCUGCUGCCGUUGCUGCUGCAGCGUCGGCGACAGACGGUGUGCUCGAGAAACUCAUCGCUUCGAGCAACCAGCUCUGGGCCAGCUUAGAUACCGACAAAGCCGCCAGCGAUUCCAACCCCGAAGUCGUUGAUCGACUCAUCAGCAACUUGAACAAGGUCAAACAGAUGAUGGGCGGCUCUGCAAAGCCCGACCUUUAG